UGCAUUGAUUUCGGGAACAAACGGUCCCAAUGUUAGUGAAGACGGGGAAUUUUUUAUUGUGCGCCCGUGAUUCAUUAUAGUAAUAAGUGAGCGAGUGACUUGUGGCAUUGUAGGAUUAACUAGUCGUGUGUACAGAUUUCCUGAGUGAACGAUUGUUCGAGUGACAUACUGUCGAAAUUUCACGGUGAAGAUUGGACAUUCGGAGUUAAUAAAUCGUCCAUCGAGAACGUGAUCCAAAAGGAGGUGCCGACGAUCGUGUGAAAGCUACGUUGGCGAUCGGCAAUCGCGAACUAGACAAGAAAAAGAGAGAGAGAGAGAGAGAGAGAGAGAGAGAAAGAGAGAGGAGAAGGAGAGCAGUAGAGUCAUAAUGCGCCGUUGUUACGGCUAGCGCCGGCCUCAUCAUUCCGCGAAGCGCGAGCUUCAAGUAUUUCGACGGCGUCGGGCUCGCCGAGAUGAGCGGUGGCAACGGCGGCGGCGGAAACGGUGGCGGUAAUCAAGGCGGUAAUGGCAACGCCACGACUUAUCAUCAGCACCAACAGCAGCAGCAACAGCAACAGCAGCAACAACAACAGCAACAGCAGCAACAGCAAUCGCUGGAGCAGGCCGGCCUGCUGUCAGAUCUCAAUGGCAUCGACCUGGCGAUGAGCCUGUCGCCCAAGCAGCAUUCAUCCCACGUGCAAGCUGCUGGUGCCCACACUACGCCUUUCAGCGUAACCGAUAUCUUGUCGCCGAUCGAGGAGUCUUACCGGAAGCUCGAACUCGCCGCUGCCGCCGCCGCCGUCGGUGUUGGUGUCGGCGUCGUAACGCAUUCCCAGGGCUCGCCUUACGGGAACGCAUGCGGUGCACGGGUGGGUGGUAACACCGGUAGCUCGAGCGCAAGCAGCGGCAGCCCGCCGCUGCACGGUGGUUCGACGCCCGGCGGCAGCACCCCCGGACCAAUUUCCGUUGCCAACGGGGCCGCCCCCGGUGGCGGUGGCGCCGGCAGUGCCGGCGGUGCCGGCGGAGGCAUGAGUGCCAUGGGUAACCCUUACGCAACUAUGCAGCUCACGUCGCAAUAUCAAUAUUGCGCCGCGGAAUUAUCGCCGUAUCAUCAUGCCGGACCCGGCGUGGGCGCCACGGCCACAGCCACGGACCCCAUGAGGUCCCACGCGGUCUCCUCGCAUCAUCAUCCGUGGUACGCACCAGCGCCACCGGCCACCAAUGACCCGCGCUUUGCCAUCUCGCGACUGAUGGGCGCCGCGGCGGCGGGCGCCGGGACCAACAUGGCCGGCUGCUCGGUGGGCCAGUCGAUGGGCGAUGUGACCAAGUCGUCGGGAAUGGGGGUGGGCGUCGGCGUCGGAGUCGGCGUCGGCAUGGGCGUCGGCGCGAUGCAAUUCCCUCUCGCGCAGAGACGGAAGAGACGCGUACUCUUCACCCAGGCCCAGGUUUACGAGCUCGAAAGGCGAUUCAAGCAGCAAAAGUACCUCAGCGCGCCCGAACGGGAGCAUCUGGCGUCCUUAAUUCAUCUAACUCCCACGCAGGUGAAGAUAUGGUUCCAAAAUCAUCGGUAUAAAUGUAAGAGGCAAGCGAAAGAAAAAGCCAUGGCCGAGCAAAACGCCCAAAAUCAGGUAAUUACGCAAAUUUCGAAGUCUUGUGCAAACCGCUUCGAAAGUGAAACGUACGUUGAAUAUAAUAUUACGAAUUUCGCGAAAACGCACCAUGUCGAUGAUUUCUAUUAUGUCUAAGGAAUUCAUAAAUGCUACUUGUUUGUAAUAAUCGUUAAGUGAUACACGCAUAUAUUGCAUAGUUUAUAUAAUCUUUGAAUCUAUUUAUUG